AUGAACUCCAUUAAAAAUUAUGGUUGCAUAUUGGCAAAAUCAGAUACAAAGAUAGGUAGCAAAAUAUAAAUUUCUAAUUCAAUCUUCAUUUCAAAUAAGGGACAGUUAGGAGCAGGAAUGUUUAUCUAAAAUUAAAAAUUUGAUUUAAAAAAUUCCAUUCUUUUGAAUAACACAGCGACAUAGAUAGGAGGUGGUUUCUAUUUUUCAGAAGGUUCCUAAAGAUUUACUAUAAUUAAUUCUUUAAUUUGUAAUAAUUAAGCAGCAGAAGCAGGAGGAAUAUAUUUAUUUGGCAAUAGCAGUUUAACUAAAAAUAAUUUUAUUAAGUCUCUUAUCUUGUUAAAUUUUGCUAACACAUCUUUAAAUAACAUCAAUGAAUUACCUUAACAUUUGAGUUUGUAAAUCAAUCUAGUGGAAAUGUUGUCACAAUAAAAAUUAAUUGAAAGCCGUUAAUAUGAGGUCCUAUAUUUAAAGCCUUACAAAAUUAUAUCCUAAGAUCACUCUUAAUAAAAAAAUGUCUUAUUUAUCCCUAGCGGUCAAGAGCUAUAAAGUUAUGAGCUUUAUAAUCCUAAGCAUUAAAAUUACCAAAGUUAUAUAUUUGAUUUAAGCAUUCUGUUUAAAAACAGUAUGAAUGAAGUAUUAAUCAACCUUGAAAAUUCAACUUGCAAUGUAGAAUUAUAAAUAUUUGACACUACUGAGAAUUUAAGUAAAUCCAUUAAAACGUCCAAACUGACUUUUAAUUAAGAUACUAAAGGUUUUAACCUUGGUUAACUGUAAUUUGAAAUAGAUCCAUAUAAGUAGGAAAAUAAAAAUUAAGAAAUUUUAGUCUAUUGCAAUACUCAAUAUUAGGAUGAUUAAUUAGCCUAUAGAAUGAAAGUCAAUAGUUUCAUGUGCUAAUUAGGAGAAUUCUAUAUUUAUUCUGGAUGUCAAAUAUGUCAGCCCUUAUAGGGAUUCUAUUCUGUAACAUAUAACGCUACAAAAUGUUCUAUUUUUGAUAAAAAUAAAUUUGAUGCCAUUGCUUCAAAUAAAAUUAAACUCAAAGCUGGGUUUUGGAGGCCUAAUUAAAUUUCAGAUUAUAUAGAAUUAUGCUUUAAAAAUCCAACAUAUUGCCAAGGAGGAUGGACAUUUGGAAAUGACCUUUGUACUUAGGGACACCUUGGAGGAUUAUGCGAAGAAUGUGAUCGAUAUGAUAUAAGAGGAUCUGGAUCAUUCUUUAAAGAUUAGAAGCAACUAGAAUGUAGAUAAUGUGAAGAAUUUUCGAGGUUAUUAUUGACCUUUCUAUUAAUUUCUAUUUGGUACAUAAAAUGUAAUUACUGUAGGGCUAUUCUUUCUACUUUGUUAACCAUCAGAAGUAUUGAAAAAUCCAAUUAACUAUUUGCAUCACUUAAGCUGAGAUAAAAAUUUGUGGAAAUAUUAUUCAAACUUAAUUAAGGUAAAUUUUAAUAUUUAUUUAGAUCAUGAAAGUAUUUUACUUAAAUUAUUUCUAAACUACUUAUGGAUUUUUCUCUUAUUUUUACAUUUAAUAUUAGGUUAUCAUUCUCUUUGA